UUAUUCUCGGUCGCGAAAGAGACAACGAGAUUGGAGGGGUAGCAGUAGUGCUCUCAUCGACCACAUUUUUAGCCUAUAUUUUUUUAUUGAUCCAAUACAAAACUGUAGUUAUCAUCGGCGUCUAGCCCGACUGCGGACUUCACUGUGGCGAGAGACACACAAAAACCCAUGAGCGAAUCUUUGGUGAUCGACGGCAGCGACUCAAAGUUUCAGUCUCACCGCAUCGAUGGUGGGGCGGCCGACGGGAAGUGCGACCACCACCACCACCACCAGACGGAGCCCACGAAUGAGACUGAUGGCGUAAUCGAUGGGACCCAGAUGCCGAUUGAGUCCGAUCGCAAUCAGCAGCCGCCGAUGGCGGCGGCGGAGGUGGCCAAGUCCGGUGAGGUUCCGGGAGAUCGACCCCAUCAGAUGUCAUUCGAUAAAGCAAGUGGCUUUGUGAAAGACAUGAACAACUUGGUCGAGAUGUUGUCCAAAUUGAAUCCCAUGGCGCAAGAGUUUGUACCUCCUUCUCUCGCCGGCAACAACCACGGGGUUAAUCGGAUCGGAUAUACUCGCGAUUUUGGGAUGUUUGGUAAUUUCUUUAAUGGCAGUGGGAAUUCUGAGAAAAGGGGUAAGCCUAAUUUUAACCAAGGAAGGAGAAGAACCAACAGUAGGAGGAAUAUGGCUCAGCGGGAAGAUGUAAUUAAGAGGACUGUUUAUGUGGCUGACAUUGACCAACAGGCAAGCGAACGAUUCUCCAUAUGGGCUCUGCUUUUGCGCAGUUCCCAGUUACUGAAGAGCAGCUUGCGGGUCUGUUUAUUCAUUGCGGACAGGUUGUUGAUUGUCGUAUAUGUGGCGAUCCUAAGUCUGUUCUUCGCUUUGCGUUCAUCGAAUUUACUGAUGAAGGUAUUGCCAGAAACCAUCUGUUGUUUGGUUAUUGCUCUAAUUCCCACCUCCUGCAACUUUAAUCACUCUAGUCGGUGCCUUGCAGAAGGUGCAAUUGCUGCUUUGAGUUUAUCUGGGACUGUGCUUGGAUAUUACCCACUAAAAGUGCUCCCUUCCAAAACUGCGAUUGCACCUGUUAACCCAACAUUUUUGCCCAGGUCUGAAGAUGAACGUGAGAUGUGUGCUAGGACUGUGUACUGUACAAAUAUAGACAAGAAGGUUAACCUAGGAGAUGUGAGACUAUUCUUUGAGUCCUUUUGUGGAGAGGUUCGGCGCUUGAGGCUUCUUGGAGACUAUCGUCACUCAACCCGUAUUGCUUUUGUGGAAUUUGCAGUGGUAACUACCCUUAUAUGGCAAAAUGCUGAUAGUGCGAUCGCUGCGCUCAACUGCAGUGGUGUAUUUCUGGGAACCUUGCCCAUAAGGGUUAGCCCAUCAAAGACACCAGUUCGUGCUCGCAUGCCUUGACCACCUUUCGCCUGAGAGAAUCAUCCUCCAAUAUGCAAAGCUCAAAUGCUUCUGCAAAGCCCGGCCAACUCGUUGCUAGAAGUAUUUAUAUUUCAUAGUACAUAGAUGCUGAAACAGGUUUAAAGGGUACUUGCUUUCUCAAUCAUCCUUCAUUUUGUCUGCUGCACUGCAAGCUGCUAUCUUUCGGUGCCGCCAGAGGUGUUAGGGAAUGGAUUGUUUAUGGGUGUCUGGAUGCUUGGGUCAUUAGUUGAAUGGGUUUUUGAGGAUGUGAAUAACUUUGGUUUAAUGAAAGAUUAAUCGACAACCUUCCAAUUGGAGAAUUGGGGGCAGCUAUUCUUGAAGGAGUUGUACGUAUGCCAAACAGGGUAAAGCAUUUGAGAAGCAUAUAACACAUGGUAAAUGCUACAAAUUUAACGUCCAUGUAAUUUUGUGAGACGAAUCUGUCUCGUCGAAAACGAGCAUCUGACGACAACUAACCCGCCACGUAGAUGGUUGUAAGCAUGUGUGAUCAGCC